CCCCAACACACUGUCUUCAUCUCUCCAUCGCUGCGUGCUGCCACCGCCGCGCUGCCGGCUGCGCCAUCCCGGACCCAUACUCCUGCACUAGCCAGGGGGCCCUGACUCCAGCUUCAGAGACCCUGUCCCAGCGACUGCAAACAUGUCAUCGGAAAAGUCAGGCCUUCCAGACUCGGUUCCCCACACUUCACCGCCGCCCUACAAUGCCCCCCAACCUCCGGCCGAGCCCCCCAUCCCGCCCCCACAAACGGCCCCUUCCUCACACCAUCACCACCACCACCACUACCACCAGUCGGGCACUGCCACCCUCCCGCGCUUAGGGGCAGGUGGCCUGGCCUCCGCUGCAGCUAGCGCUCAGCGUGGUCCUUCGUCCUCUGCCACGCUACCGCGGCCCCCCCACCAUGCCCCGCCCGGUCCCGGCGCUGGGGCUCCCCCACCCGGCUGUGCUACCUUACCCCGCAUGCCACCCGACCCUUAUCUGCAGGAGACUCGCUUCGAGGGCCCGCUUCCCCCACCACCUCCGGCGGCCGCCGCCCCGCCCCCACCAGCGCCAGCCCCGACGGCCCAAGCCCCGGGUUUUGUGGUGCCCACGCACGCGGGGGCGGUGGGCACGCUGCCGCUGGGGGGCUACGUGGCGCCUGGCUACCCGCUGCAGCUGCAGCCCUGCACUGCCUAUGUCCCGGUGUAUCCGGUGGGCACGCCCUACGCAGGUGGGACCCCCGGGGGGCCCGGAGUGACCUCCACUCUGCCCCCACCGCCCCAGGGCCCAGGGCUGGCUCUGUUGGAGCCCAGGCGCCCGCCACACGACUAUAUGCCCAUCGCUGUGCUGACCACCAUCUGCUGCUUCUGGCCUACGGGCAUCAUCGCCAUCUUCAAGGCCGUGCAGGUGCGCACAGCCUUGGCGCGCGGAGACAUGGUGUCCGCUGAGAUCGCUUCGCGCGAGGCCCGGAACUUCUCGUUCAUCUCCCUGGCCGUGGGCAUCGCAGCCAUGGUGCUCUGCACCAUUCUCACCGUAGUCAUCAUAAUCGCCGCCCAGCACCAUGAAAAUUACUGGGAUCCCUAAAAACGUCCCCGUUUCGGCCCCACACCGUGCCCCCCCUCCCCCCGACCUCCAGGAGCAUC